AUGUGUGAGGUCCAGGGGGUAGUGGAGGACAACAUCAGAUGGAUUGUUCGAGCAGGAAUGAUGAGCUUUUGGCAUGACAACUGGAUAGGGUCCGGUCCAUUGUGUCAUCGAGUGGAGGUAUUCCAGAACCAGCAGGUAGCGGAUUUUGUUACUGGUGGUGAAUGGAACGCCCAGUUACUCUCACAAGUUCUACAGCCAGAGCUAGUUCAGCUAGUGACGGCGAUUGCCGCUCCGACGCUUCAGGGGGAGGAUAGGAUGGUGUGGAUGUUAACCCCUACUAGGGAGUUCUCAAUUGCUUCGGCUCUAUCGCUUAUACGCUCUCAAGCUAAUAGGUCUCUCGGAACCACCUGCAUUUGGCACAGGUUCUUACCAUUCACGGUCUCUUUUUUCAUGCUCCGCCUCCUUUCAGAUAGGUUACCCUUACUUGAACAGUUACGACGUUUUGGUGUCCAAGGUCCAUUUCGAUGUGCCUGCUGCGCCAACCCCCAGGAGGAACGGUUGAACCAUGUGUUUUACACAGGGGAGGCUGCCCGGCAAGUGUGGAAGGCAUUUGAAGUCCCAGAUGGGAGAAACUCUCGUAUCUGCUCAGCCCGCCAUAUGGCAAUUGCGUGGUGGAUAUGCCCAGCGCCGAACAGGUACUUGGCGUUUGUCUAUCGCCUCUUGCCUUCUUUGAUCUGUUGGGAACUGUGGAGAGCAAGAACUAGUGCUUUAAUGCAAGGAGGGAGGUCAGAGGGGGGUGUAGUGGUUGACUGGACCUUGUCGAGGGUGAGGGAUCUAUUGCACUUACAAUUCCCUUCGCUUUCAUGGGCCCAUGGUUCUUGGGGGGAUUUGUACGCGGAUUUGGCAGGGCUCAGUGGAGGGGGAGGGCUUUUACGAGAUUCUCAGGGGGGCUUUCUACUUGGUUUUUCCUGUUUCCUUGGCAUCACCACCAGCCUACACGCCGAGUUACAGGCCUUACUGUAUGGGGUAAAACUUUGUGUAGAUUGGGGCUACAGGGAGCUCCACCUGGAGGUGGACUCCUUAAUCCUGGUUCAGAUCAUAUCAGCGGAGCUUGCAUGCCCCUGGCGUUUGCAGGUGGAAUUGGACGAUUUGUUGCAGCAUCAGAGCUUGUUUCGAUCAAUAACACAUUGCUUUAGGGAAGCGAAUAAACCAUCCGACAGGCUGGCUAAGAUGGGUGCUGAUCGGGGCAGGGAUGUUUUGUUUGAGUCCUUUGCAGAGCUACCUCCUAUGGCGCGUGGUGACAUACGGAUGGAUAGGUCUGGCUUUCCUAGCUUUCGGAGAAGGAUUAUGUAG